UGGGUACUCCGUUCUGUUCCGUUGUGCCUUCGCUUCGGCUGGGAAGUGUCCGGCGCCGGCUCGGAGCAGGAGGCGUCGGACGGCUGCGGGACGCGGGCAGCGCCUUUCGGCAGCAGAGGAGAAAAUGGCCAAAAUGGAGGUCAAGACAUCUCUUUUAGAUGACAUGAUUGGGGUGGGAGAUAUGGUCCUUUUGGAGCCACUUGAUGAAGAUUCAUUCAUCAAUAAUCUGAAAAAGCGCUUCGAUCACAAUGAAGUAUAUACAUACAUUGGCAGCGUGGUGAUAUCCAUAAACCCCUACAGAUCUCUGCCCAUUUACACUCCAGAGAAAGUGGAAGAAUACAGGAACCGCAACUUCUACGAACUCAGUCCUCACAUCUUUGCACUGUCAGAUGAAGCAUACAGAUCUUUAAGGGACCAGGACAAAGACCAGUGCAUCCUUAUUACAGGAGAGAGUGGAGCUGGGAAAACAGAGGCAAGCAAACUUGUCAUGUCAUAUGUUGCUGCUGUGUGUGGAAAAGGUGCAGAGGUCAAUCAAGUAAAAGAACAGCUUUUGCAGUCAAAUCCAGUUCUUGAAGCUUUUGGAAAUGCCAAAACCGUGAGGAAUGACAACUCCUCUAGAUUUGGAAAAUACAUGGAUAUUGAGUUUGAUUUCAAGGGUGACCCACUUGGAGGAGUUAUAAGCAACUAUCUGCUGGAGAAGUCUCGUGUUGUUAAGCAGCCAAGAGGUGAAAGAAACUUCCACAUUUUCUAUCAGAUACUGUCUGGUGCAUCAGAAGACUUUCUCUGCAAACUCAAACUGGAGCAGGACUUCAGCAGAUACAACUACCUGGGCCUGGAUUCUGCCAAAGUGAAUGGAGUGGAUGAUGCUGCAAACUUCAGAACAGUCAGGAAUGCAAUGCAGAUAGUUGGGUUUAUGGAUCACGAGACACAGUCUGUUUUUGAAGUGGUGGCAGCCGUCCUGAAAUUGGGAAACAUUGAGUUUAAGCCUGAGUCUCGUGUGAAUGGCCUGGAUGAAAGUAAAAUCAAAGAUAAAAACGAACUCAAGGAAAUCUGUGAGCUGACAGGCAUAGACCAGUCGGUACUGGAAAGAGCUUUCAGCUUCCGGACAGUUGAAGCCAAGCAAGAGAAAGUUUCAACAACACUAAAUGUGGCUCAGGCUUAUUAUGCUCGUGAUGCUUUGGCUAAAAAUUUAUACAGUCGGCUGUUCUCUUGGCUGGUUACCAGGAUAAACGAGAGCAUUAAGGCACAAACAAAAGUGAGGAAGAAGGUAAUGGGGGUGCUGGACAUCUAUGGCUUUGAAAUUUUUGAGGACAACAGCUUUGAGCAAUUCAUUAUCAACUACUGCAAUGAGAAGCUGCAGCAGAUCUUCAUUGAACUUACCCUCAAAGAAGAGCAGGAGGAAUACAUCCGAGAGGGGAUUGAGUGGACUCACAUUGAGUAUUUCAACAACGCUAUCAUUUGUGAUCUAAUAGAAAAUAACCAAACUGGAAUCCUGGCCAUGCUAGAUGAAGAAUGCCUGAGACCAGGAACUGUUACCGACGACACCUUCUUAGAGAAACUGAACCAAGUGUGUGCCACUCACCAGCAUUUUGAGAGCAGGAUGAGCAAGUGCUCCCGGUUCCUCAAUGACACCACCUUGCCUCACAGCUGCUUCAGGAUUCAGCAUUACGCUGGCAAGGUGAUGUACCAGGUGGAAGGAUUUGUUGACAAAAAUAACGAUCUUCUGUACCGUGACCUCUCCCAAGCCAUGUGGAAGGCAAAUCACUCUCUUAUCAAAGCAUUGUUCCCUGAAGGGAACCCUGCUAAGAUCAAUCUAAAGAGACCACCAACAGCAGGUUCACAAUUCAAGGCUUCAGUUGCUACCCUGAUGAAAAAUCUUCAGACCAAGAAUCCCAACUAUAUCAGAUGCAUCAAACCCAAUGACAAAAAGGCUGCCCACAUUUUCAACGAUGCCCUGGUGUGCCACCAGAUCCGCUACCUCGGCCUGCUGGAGAAUGUGCGGGUCAGGAGGGCAGGCUAUGCCUUCAGGCAGGCCUACGAGCCAUGCCUGGAGAGGUACAAGAUGCUGUGUAAGCAGACCUGGCCCCACUGGAGAGGGCCAGCCAGGUCGGGAGUAGAGGUGCUUUUUAAUGAAUUGGAAAUCCCCGAAGAAGAAUUUUCCUUUGGUAGAUCAAAGAUAUUCAUCCGCAACCCAAGAACGCUCUUCAAACUGGAAGAGCUGAGAAAGCAGCGGCUGGAGGACUUGGCCACUCUAAUUGAGAAGAUUUAUAGGGGCUGGAAGUGCCGCACGCGCUUCUUGUUGAUGAAGAAAAGCCAGGUUGUGAUUGCUUCCUGGUACAGGAGAUAUGCGCAACAAAAAAAAUACCAGAAGAUAAAGAGUUCGGCUAUUAUAGUCCAGUCUUACAUCAGAGGAUGGAAGGCACGGAAACUUCUUAGGGAGCUUAAGCAUCAGAGGCGUUGUAAUGAGGCUGCCACAAUCAUUGCUGCUUAUUGGCAUGGUACCCAGGCGCGAAGGGAACUGAGACGACUGAAGGAGGAGGCUAGAAAUAAACAUGCUAUUGCUGUUAUUUGGGCUUUCUGGCUUGGAUAUAAGGCUCGAAGGGAAUUGAAACGCUUGAAGGAGGAGGCUAGGCGUAAGCAUGCUGUUGCAGUCAUUUGGGCUUACUGGCUUGGACUGAAGGUCCGUAGAGAGUACAGGAAAUUCUUCAGAGCCAAUGCUGGAAGAAAGAUUUAUGAGUUUACCCUUCAGAGACUUAUGCAAAAAUACUUCCUGGAAAUGAAGAAUAAGAUGCCUUCUUUAUCACCAAUAGAUAAAAACUGGCCAGCAAGACCUUACCUUUUCUUGGAUUCCACUCACAAGGAACUAAAGAGGAUUUUCCAUCUGUGGAGGUGUAAAAAGUACAGAGACCAGUUCACAGAUCAGCAGAAGCUUAUCUAUGAAGAAAAACUGGAAGCAAGUGAACUUUUCAAGGACAAGAAGGCUUUGUAUCCAGCCAGUGUUGGGCAGCCAUUCCAAGGGGCUUACCUGGAAAUCAGCAAGAACCCCAAGUACAAAAAACUUAAAGAUGCUGUGGAUGAGAAGAUCAUUAUUGCAGAAGUUGUCAAUAAGAUCAACAGAGCCAAUGGGAAGGCCACAUCCAGGAUUUUCUUACUCACCAAAAACAACGUCCUGCUUGCGGAUCAGAAAUCUGGGAAUAUCAAGUCAGAGGUGCCACUGGGAGAUGUUACCAAGGUGUCCAUGAGCUCCCAGAAUGAUGGCUUCUUUGCAGUGCACCUCAAGGAGGGGUCAGGAGCAGCUGGUAAAGGAGACUUCCUGCUCAGCAGCGAUCACCUUAUUGAAAUGGCCACUAAACUUUACCGCACUACUCUCAGCCAAACCAAGCAGAAGCUCAACAUUGAGAUAUCUGAUGAAUUCCUGGUUCAGUUCAGACAAGACAAAGUGUGUGUGAAGUUCAUCCAAGGCAGCCAGAAAAACGGCAACAUCCCAACCUGCAAGCGAAAAAACAAUCGGCUUCUGGAAGUGGCUGUCCCUUAACUGCAGCUGGUUGCCUCUCCCUUUCAUGGACUUGUUUCUUUGUAACAGUGCAAUUUUAGUUGUUUGGUUUUGCUGGUUUUAUCCCUUUCUGGAGAUGUUGAUGGCUUAUAGCUUUAGAAACCUGUGGCAAAACAUUCGCUCAAUCCACUUUUUAAUCUUUUUUUUUGUUUAUGCCAGAGUUUUAACCCUCGAAAAUGCAGAUUUUUACCAGCUGGCACAUACCUGUCACACAUGAACCAUUCUCUUUUGUUUAGCAGUCUUAUUUUAGCGUAGCGUACCAUAAAGCCACAUUAUUAAUGAUCAAUUACUCAUAUCCCUUAGGCUAGAGGUCCACUUAACAGGAACUGUGCAUGGCCUUGAUGCUUGAUGGCCACUGGUGCCCAGGGUCUUUUUAUACCAACCUGUUCUGGCGUUCUCCGGGGGGAGCAGGAUGGAGACCAGCACACUAACUUCUGUAGUUAACACUAGGAACCCUGUGAAUCCAUGUUUUAGUCAGUGCAGCACAGCAACAUCUAGUUCUGCCAAACAGAAGGAAUACAUGAUUAUACAAGCAGCUGUAUGGAUCAUUCUAUAGUACAACCUGCAGCCAUUUUGAAACAGGAUUUUUAACCAGGUCAGAUUUUUUUAACGACUUUACAGAGCAGGAACCAGUACCACUCAAAAAAGCUUUCACCAAAGCUACACAACUUGAGGCAUGUUUUCUGUUCUGCUUUUUUUUUUUUUCCUUAACUUUUACAUCACCAAUUAAGAUUAGAGCCAGGG